ACCACUGGUCCCAAGCUCUGGGGGACAGAUCUGGCCUCAGGAGAGCUGCCCCCUAGAGGCGCUGCCCACCUCCCCACCCCUCCAUAGCUCUGGUGAAAGCCCAGCUGGUGGCCAGGGGGAGGGGCAGCCGGUACCCAGACGGUGCUGUGAUCCGGGAAGAACCAAGUGGGAGGGAGAGACUUUCACUUUCCCUUUGGCCUCAGGCGCUGUCGGGAAGCUGGGCGGGGGGGGGGGGGGGGGGGCAGCUGCCUCCCUGAUGCUGACCAGAGUGGGUGGGCGGGACAGGGCCCUGAGCCUGCACUUGUGCCUGGGAAAGGGGCUAUCUGAGGUGCAGAGGCUCGGAUGGGAUGGGCACAGUGAAGCAGAGAGGGAAGCGGUGGGGGCUCCAGGAUGGGGCACGGUAGUGCCAUGAGGCCAGGCACCGGGCGGCAGCCAGGGAGGCCUGAGGGUGCCUGCUGUGGCCCAGGACUGUCAUAUGGCUCCAAAGCGCAAGCCCCCGCCACAGCCUGCAGGCCCCCAGAAGAAGGGGCGCCCGGAGGCAGGCGAGGAAGACAGCUUCCGCUCCACCGCCGAGGCCCUCAGGGCCGCGCCCACAGAGAAGCGCGUGAUCCGCGUGGACCCCACCUGUCCACUCCGCCACAACCCCGGGACCCAGGGCCCACCAGCAGCCCCCACCCCCUCUCGCAGGUGCACGAGGACUACGAUUGCACCCUGAACCAGACCAACAUCGGGAGCAACAACAACAAGUUCUACAUCAUGCAGCUGCUGCAGGAGGACGCUGGCUUCGCCUGCUGGAACCGCUGGGGCCGCGUGGGCGAGACGGACCAGUCGAAGAUCAGCCACUUCGAAAGCCUGGCAGAUGCCAAGAAGGACUUUGAGAAGAAGUUUCGGGAGAAGACCAAGAACCACUGGGCGGACCGGGACCGCUUUGUGGCCCACCCCGGCAAGUACACGCUCAUCGAAGUGCAGGGAGAGGACGAGGCCCAGGAGGCCGUGGUGAAGGUGGAUGGAGGCCCAGCGAGGCCCGGGGCUAAGCAGGUGCAGCCCUGCUCCCUGGACCCCGCCACGCAGCAGCUCAUCACCAACAUCUUCAGCAAGGACAUGUUCAAGGACAGCAUGGCCCUCAUGAACCUGGAUGUGAAGAAGAUGCCCCUGGGAAAGCUGAGCAAGCAGCAGAUCGCGCGCGGCUUCGAGGCCUUGGAGGCCCUGGAGGCGGCCCUGAAGGACCCCGGGGACUGCGGCCGGAGCCUGGAGGAGCUGUCCUCCCACUUCUACACCGUCAUCCCGCACAACUUCGGCCGUAGCCGGCCCCCUCCCAUCAACUCACCGGAGCUGCUGCGGACCAAGAAGGACAUGCUUCUGGUGCUGGCAGACAUCGAGCUGGCCCAGGCCCUGCAGGCAGCCCCCGAGGAGCGGAGGGUGGAGGAGGUGCCGCACCCGCUGGACCGCGACUACCAGCUUCUCCACUGCCAGCUGCAGCUGCUGGACCCCCAGGCACCAGAGUACCAGGUGAUCCGCACCUACUUAGAGCAGACUGGCAGCCAGCACAGGUGCCCCACUCUUCAACACAUCUGGAAAGUGAACCGAGAAGGGGAGGGAGACAGGUUCCAGGCCCACUCCAAGCUGGGGAAUCGGAGGCUGUUGUGGCAUGGCACCAAUGUGGCCGUGGUGGCCGCCAUCCUCAGCAGCGGGCUCCGCAUCAUGCCACACUCCGGCGGCCGCGUGGGCAAAGGCAUCUACUUCGCCUCGGAGAACAGCAAGUCGGCGAGCUAUGUUACUGGCAUGCAGUGCGGGCCCCACUACGUCGGCUACAUGUUCCUGGGCGAGGUGGCACUGGGCAGGGAGCACCACAUCACCACGGACAGUUCCGGCCUUAAGCGUCCACCCCCUGGCUUCGACAGUGUCAUUGCCCGAGGCCACACAGAGCCAGACCCGACCCAGGACACUGAGCUGGAGCUGGAUGGCCAGCGAGUGGCGGUGCCACAGGGCCGGCCCGUGCCCUGCCCACAGUUCCGCAGCUCCCACUUCUCCCAGAGCGAGUACCUCAUCUACCAGGAGAGCCAGUGUCGCCUGCGCUACCUGCUGGAGAUCCACCUCUGAGCUGCCCUCCCUGCGCCCGGGGGCCGGCCAGGGGCUGGCCCGGGGUCUGCAGUCUCCCUGUCCAUCUCUGGUGCCCGCACACCACUUCCGUAUUUUCCCAAGGAUACCGUAUGUCAUGCACAGAACGCCACCGUGGCCUCACACAGGAUACCGCCUGCCUGGCGACCUCCGGCCAUCUCCGUUUGCGUAGACCACUCUGAGAUGCCCCGCGCGGUGCCUUUGUCAGGAUGUGCCGCCGGCCGUGGAUGGUGCGUGCCUGUGCGGGUGUGGAGCCAUUCACGCAGUCACCAAGCUGUGCCACCGCUCUCGCCGUGCGUCUCACUUCCCCCACCACUGUGACUCCCCACCCCCGCAUCUGCCCAGCUCCUCCCCCUCCGACCCCCACCCCACGCCAUGAACCCCCGCUCUGCUCUCUGCUCCUAGGAGCCCAGCUUUCUCUGAUUCCACAUACACGCGAGGUCACAUGCU